AUGUCUACACAAGCUCAAGCGCAAUAUCGCAAGGAGUACAUGCAGCCUGUCCGCGUCAACACCCAAGCUACAUCAGUCCUUCCGAAACAUGCAGUCGAGCUAUUCAAAAAGAAACUGAUAACGACCGAAGAGGGUGGUUCUGGAGUCAAUCGACAGAAAACCAGCCAAAAGCGUUUCCAAGGCAUGAGCUACAGAUCAAGCAGCUCAAUUAUUCUACGCGCAGGAUGCUCUAUUAUGUUAUUGGUCCUUUGCAAUUGUUACCUACUUUUGAUCGCCCUGAUUGUCAGACAUUUUGCAAAAAAGCCCAGUAGAACUGCCUUUGAUAUUUCACGCCGGCCUUAUUUUCGUCCCGGAACAGGCUUUGGCCGCCGUGAACAUCUAUUCGGUGAUGGAUGGUUUCUUGAGUGGCCAGGAGGUCAACGCCCUCUUAAUUCGACAUGGCCAUGGUCCGGAGUGAAACUUUCAAUCUUGGUACUGUGGGGUGUGUGUUGGAUGUUUUAUAUGCGAAUGGAGUGUUGGCAGCAAGCACAACCUCAUACUUCGCAUAGCCAUAGCCAUCCGCAGACAUCUUUGCGCAAGGCUUCCAGACCCUCGGCGUUUCAUUUGUCUCCAACAGCGAAGAAUUAUCUACCACUCGAUCAACAAACAGGAUCAGUCAUCAAACAAGAGCAAGAACCCUAUGAUCCAUUCAUCUUCGGUCAACAUCAGGGCAAUCAUAGCAACUAUACCCAGGGCAACCAUCUACAACGCCCGAGUGACUCCAACUGGCCUCUGUUGUUUGAUCCGCAUUUAAACACUACAAGGAUUUGCAAGCACAAUACAGAAAAUCAAGGAACAUUUCAGCCAAUACCAAAGGCGGAUCAGACUUGGUACCCUACUCGAGAAUACGCAUACACACAGGCAGCUGCGCCGAGAACACAGCAAGUACUCUUAGCCAUGUCGAACACACCGGAGAGACAGAAUAGACAGUCAAAGUCGCCUGUUCCUCCGCAAGGCUCUUAUAACAAAGAAGGAAUAACCGAUAGCGACAAUAUUACGAGUCAUAACUCAAAUCCGGAUCAUGACACCAAUGGACUCGUGCCUACAUUACCUGCUGUGCCUGGAGUUUCAAAGCUUCAGACAGAUAUAACAACCGUUGGCCCCCCCAGUUUAAUAGCUGAAGGCCGCGAAUCUGAGAACCAUCCAACGGAAAAGAAUGGAGGUGGUGAUGAAAAAAAUAGAUUACUAAGCGUGGCUGGUACUUCGCCACAUCACUUUAGCGCACAAGGCAAACAUCAAUUUGCAGCCUCUCAAGCAGGAUACCAGGCAUUGCAUUAUCAAGAAUCCAAUAAUCAACCUGAAAACCACCAAGCCGGACUGUACGAGCGUGGCAACCAUCUCCCCUACGAAUAUCCGCUAAAUAUACACCCUCCUCCUAGUCGCGAUAAUACCUACUUUCCUGAAGACUACGACCACAACCCAGAUUCAAACUUCUUUCAAUAUCAGGAUAACUCCCGCCCAAACAACAAUAUGAGUUUAAGCUACGAGUCCAGAUCAUUUAUGACUGACACACAGUACCCGAUGCAAAUGGCGCACGAAACGCAAGAACAAGACGAGUUCAAGCCGCACGAUGAGCAUAAUUACCCAAGUCCGCCGCCUCCAAUGUCCGAGAACCCUUAUACCACACAACCUAUGACGGAAACUCCAGAUCACCCAUCGUUGGAACUACCAGAAUUACCAAAAGAUGAAGAGGAGGCGCCAUCACCCGGACGAUCAAAGCCAGUACCAAAACCUGACAGGGAGAUAACAAAAGAUGCAAACGGGAGAUUUUACUGUACCUGGCCCGGAUGUACUGAGGAGGUCAAAGAUUUUAAUAGAAAGUGCGAGUGGAGCAAACAUAUGGAUAAACACGAUCGCCCUUACAGAUGCAAGGAACCAGGCUGCGAAAAGCUUCCUGGAUUUACAUACUCUGGGGGACUUCUUCGGCACGAAAGAGAAGUGCAUGGAAAGCACGGCGGGCCUAAAAAGCAACUUAACUGUCCUCAUCCCAACUGUAAACGUCACACUGGAAAAGGAUUCUCUCGUCAAGAAAAUCUUAAUGAACAUCUCAGACGCGUGCAUACAGCAGAUACGGGAAUGACACAGAUUUCUCAAAUGAACAUGGAUGAAACGGAAGAAGAUGCCAGCCAAGCAAUUAUAACAGGCAUGAAAAGAAAACGCGGAAAUAGCAAGGGAGACGUUAGUGAACUUGAAAGUCUUCGCGAGGAAAUCAAGAAGAUGAAGGCCGAAAAUGAUGAGCUCAAGAGACAAUCACAAGCCCAACAAGCACAAACUGCAGAAGUUAUGCGCCAACUGGUUGAACUUCAAAAUUUAGCAACGCUGCAGCAUCCACGGAUGAAUGCACCGCAGGCUACUAUGUAA